AUGAGUGAGGAGAAGAAGGCGAUUGUGAGGGAUCUACUGAAAACCGGAUACGGUUCUUUUAAAAUUACCCCAAGAAAAAUAGGUCAUGCGCUUGGCAUCAACGCAACAGGAGAUCUGUUUCCUCAGAAAGUGGAUUAUAAGAAACUUUCUGAGGAUGACAAAGUAAUUUUUAGAAGAUUUCAGGGUAAGACCCUCAAAAGUCUUACAGAUGAGAUGAUGGAUAUUGGCGUUGGUAACGAAGAGGAUCGCCUAAUGUUCAAGAAGAUUUUCAUCCUCUAUAUACAGAUGGUGUUCCUUUUGCCAACGACAAUAAACAAAAUCUCGCCUGUACACCUGGCUCCAAUUUUUGAGAUGGACAGCAUAACGGAGCAAAACUGGGGAGGGCAUGUUUUGACCUUUAUCGUCAAGGGUAUAACCGACUACAAGGAGAAAAAGAAGGCAAUUGAUGGCUGCCUCUUUGCCCUGAUGAUAAUAUACUUUCAUCUUUCUAAAAAUAAAGGCAAGAAGAGGGCUGAAAGACCGCCAAAACCCUGGAUUGCCAACUGGAGUAAGGAGCAGUUGGUCGAAAGAAUGAAUGCAGAAACAGAGAAAAUUUUGGGGAUUGUAAAGAUGGCGCAAACAAGAGAGAAAAUGAAAAAAAUAGAGAAAACAGAAAAAAAACAACAAAUCAAAAAAACAAGAAAAAGGAAGGCAAGUUCAACAUCGUCUUCGGAGGAAGAAACAACUGAUAGUGACAGUUCUACCUCUGAGUUUGAGACUCAAGAAGACUUGGAGGAUUCAGCAAGAAAAUAACCCAGCAAAAAGGGAAAAAAGUAAGUACCAUACUUGGGUGUAUUUUCUUUCUCUGGUUGGGUGUAUUUUGUGGAACCAUUUGGGUGUAUUUUGUUUAUCAAGUUGGUUGUAUGUUGUUUAUUAACUUGGGUGUAUUUCAUUUGUUGUG